AUGCUGUCAUGCAAAGGCUUUGUGAUUUAUUUGCCUUGUGACUUGCAUAGCUGGAGGCAGAUGUCAGAAUACUCACCAGAAAUGAGGCAAUUUGCUUGUGUUCUCCACCUCUACCAUGUUAAGGCCUAUGAUUAUCUACGGAAGAUUUUCCCCCUCCCUCAUCCUUACAGCCUGACAAUUUGGCUGUCUAAUGAUGAGGCUACUGCAGGCUUCAGCAAUGCCAUUUUUCGCCGCCUUCAAGAGAAGGUGGAGAGAGGGGAAGAGGCCUACUGCUCCUGUGCCCUGCUGAUACAAGACAUGUCCCUGGAGAAGCAGCAGCAGUGGGACCCACAGACUAAGUGCCUAACAGGCUAUGUUAACUUGGGAGCAGGUGUUUUUGAUGCUGAUGAAGCUCCCCUGGCCUCAGAAGCCAUUAUCAUCAUGGCAGUUGGCGUCUCAAGCCCCUGGACAGCUCCACUGGGCUACUUCUUGGUGAACAGAACAACUGGCCACUUCCUGGCUCAGCUGCUUCGUCAGACCAUCAGUAAGCUGAACCACGUGGGCAUCGAGGUGCUGGCUGUGACAUCAGGUGCCACCGCGCAGGGUGCCGAGACUGCCAGAGCUCUGGGGAUCAGCACAGACCCCGAAAGGAUUCACUGCACUUUCCAGCAUCCACCUGGCUCUGCUCACAGCAUCACGUACUUCUUUGACACUUGCCAUGCGCUCCAGCUGGUAAGGAAUGCUCUGCAGUGCUUCCAGAAGAUAGAGUGGCUCAGUGACACGGUGCGGUGGCAGCAUGUGGUGGAGCUGGCGGCUCUGCAGGAGCAGAGGGUGUUAAAGCCACCCAGUUCCCAGUCAGGCAGACCUGUGAGUGAGACUUACCACCUGAAGAUCAACCGUGCUACUCAGUUGUUCAGUGAGGGUGUUGCUGAUGCGCUGGAACACCUGCAGAAGCUGGGCUUGGCCUCCUUCCAGGACUGCAAGGGUACUGUUAAGUUUGUUCGUUUGAUGAGCCGGCUGUGUGAGGUGUUUCAUGGCAGAGGUCACUAUAGAAGGGGACUGAAGGAGCCUUUGUUAGCUGGAAAUUACACCAAAAUAAACCACCUCUUUAAUGAGGCCGAAAGCUGUUUCACCACCUUAACAGACUCUAUGGGGAGAUCCAUCAUUAAGAGCAAACGCAAACUGGGCUUCUUUAGUUUCUUGCUCAAUGCCAAAAGCCUCAAGUGGCUUUACAGCAACCACCUGUCUCCAGAAAGCACUCUGUCCCCCCACCUCCUCACCUGUUCCUUCAACCUUGACCCAUUGGAGCUGUUCCUCAGGGCCCUCCAGGAAUCCUGUGGCAGCAGCAGGAGCCCCACCUGCGCUGCCUUCCAGGCUGCUUAUCACAAACUUCUGGCCAGCCACAGCCUGCUGCCGGGCUCACUACACAGCCAUAGAAGCUCCUUGGACCUAUCCCUGUCUCGUAGGAUAGACCUGACCCUUGGCAGUGUUUGUGCUCAACAUCUCCCAGUGGGAGGACAGGAGUAG